CCCGCGCUGCAGAGACGCGCCGGCGAGCAGCUGCCUGGAAGGGCUUCUCCGCCACUGCAGCAGCGGAGCUGGCAGGGAAGGAGCGCAGGCAGAGGCGGGUCGAUCGCCGUCUCCCCGAGACUUCCAUGGCUGCGCCCGCCUCCCCUUCCUCCUCCUCCUCCUCGUGAGCCUCUUUCUCUCUCUCUCCGGGCCACGUCCUUGGAAGCGCAGCGGAGGCAGCAUGUGGAGAGGCCAGGCCCAGUUUGAGGAGACCCGGCAGCAUCUCCAAAAGCAGCCAGUGGUGGGACAAUGGAAGCCCCUUGCACCUAGCAACAGGGGCCAGGAGCUGCAGCAGCCAGAGCCUUCUGCCAAGGACUCGGCAGGUGGGGAGGAGAACCAGUCCGUGGCGCAACUCAACGUCUCCCGCUUGCGCAGCUCCUCUGUGGAGAUCCGUGAGAAGGGAUCUGAAUUCCUGAAAGAAGAGCUCCAUAGAGCUCAGAAGGAGUUGAAGUUGAAGGAUGAAGAAUGCGAGAGACUUUCAAAAGUCAGAGAGCAGCUGGAGCAGGAACUGGAAGAGUUAACCGCAAGCUUGUUUGAGGAAGCCCAUAAGAUGGUGCGGGAGGCAAACACCAAGCAAGCAGCAUCCGAGAAGCAGCUGAGGGAAGCCCGAGGGAAGAUUGACAUGCUGCAGGCGGAGGUGACCGCCUUGAAGACUCUGGUAAUCACGUCUACGCCUUCUUCUCCCAACCGGGAGUUGCACCCCCAGCUCCAAAGCCCCUCCAAGGCAGUCUUCAGAAAAGGGCACGGGCGGAAUAAGAGCACCAGCAGUGCGGGCGCUGCCACUGCCGCCAGCCAACCAGUGGAGCCAGUCAGCAGUGAGUUCAAAGAGUCUGGGGUGCCCACCCUCCUCUCCCUCCUUCUCUGUAUCGUCCCUGCGAAGGCCAUCCACAUCACCUAUGAGCCAGGCUGGCAGUCCCUGGCAUCAGACUCUUCCUUCUCCUCUUCUCUCUCAUGGCAGGUGGAUUCCAUCUUGUUUGCCGAAUUCCAGGCUUGGAAAGAGUCUCCAACACUAGAUAAAUCAUCUUCUUUCCUCGAAAGGAUUUACCAGGAAGAUGUAGGCCCGUGUCUGGACUUUACUAAGCAUGAGCUCUCGGAGCUGAUUCAGGCAGCUGUGGAGCAGAACACGCUCACCAUUGAACCCGUGGCUACCCAGGCACUGCCUGUGGUGAAGGUGUCAGCCAUUGAAUGCGGCGGACCAAAUGGCUUCCGGUCCCAAAUUGUAACGAAAUGUGCUCUAAGUGGCCUGUCUCGGGCCUGUAGGCAUCGCAUCAAGCUGGGAGACUCUGGGAAUUACUACUACAUCUCCCCUUCCUGCAGGGCCAGGAUUACAGCAGUAUGCAACUUCUUCACCUAUAUCCGUUACAUCCAGCAGGGACUGGUGAGGCAGGAUGUGGAAUUGAUGUACUGGGAAAUCAUGCGUCUCAGAAAGGAAAUGUCCAUAGCUAAGCUGGGGUUCUUUCCCAGUGAGAUUUAGCUGAGGACUGGAAAGGCAUCACCUUACCACUACUCCGCCAGGCAGCUAGAGGGCUUGACCCAGCACAUCUCCUGGUGCUGGCAGGAUAUAAACUGAAGCUGCCUGAUGUAAACUGAAGAGAUAAGAAGCACAGAUUUCCCCAUUGCAUUAUCUGCAGAGCUUCCUGACAGUGCUUAGCCUGAUGCGGAGUGGCCAAGGGACCAGCCCUUCUGUGGCUCAACUGAAUGAAGUUGUCUCUGGACUCCUCCCUUCCCCUGUCUCUAUGCAUUCCACAGCCAUUAUAUAUCAAGUCUUCUUCAAAGAUCUGCUUCUGCAGGUUCUGAAGCCAUGGCUGGCCCUUGGGCUCAUUAUCUGCUUGCUGCUCUGCAAUGCAAAUGUAGCUGGGCAUUCCCACACAACAGAGAGAGAUUUGGACUCUUCCACGCAGCUGCCAACUCCAAUCGCGACUGGGCACGGGGGUGUCAGUGCUGUACGGUGGCCUUGUUUGAUGGCCUCUACGUGUGUGUUCUUCCAGUUGUUUCCCAGGCAGCUCUCCUCCUGAGGAGCCCGCAAGAGUCAGCCGGGGGCUGAUUUCUAUUUAUAGCUCAGGGUUUGCCGUUUGGUUGUGUGACAGAUCCGAUACCUUGCUCUGUGUAGGCAGGCAUCUGUUCUAGGCCAAAACUCUGGCUGGAGCCUCACUUGUGAUGUAAAAGUGGGGAAAUUGCAUAAGAGGCAGUGCCCACAACCACAUUGAGGUCAGCUGCGCGAGACCGCAGAUGCUUUUACUCCCACUCUACAGGCCAGAGAGUUGGCUGCUCCACAUUAGUUUUCUAGGGAGCAGCUGUCCUCAGCUGACACCCUCCUCCCCACAGGCUCCUUCACUGUGCUUUGUUGCAGUCCAAACGACACUCUUGUGGUAUUUUGUGCAACACAUUUCAGCUCCGCUCCAGCUUCCCAUUUGGUGCUUGCGUCUGCCUUGACAGUAUUAUAGACUCUUAUGUGAAACAUUCUCUCUUUUGCUUCAUUCACGUUGGAGCUUAAGAAGGACUUCACAUCUUGAAUAUUCUGGCACAAUUUGGGGGUUUGUACAGCUCAGCCUUCCCCAACCUAGCACUCGCCAGAGGUUUUGGGCUGCACCUCUCAUCAUCCCUAGGAAACACAGCCUAUGGUGAAGCAUGAUGGGAGUUGAAGUCCGACCACAGACUGGGGGACACCAUGUUCACCACCCCUUGUGUACAUCCUGCAUUUAUAUUUUUUUAAAGGGGAGGGGGGAUGGGGAUAAUAUUCGGAUUCAAGUGAUACAAAUAAAUUUUGGCCCCUAAAUUGUUUUGGUACUGUAAAAAAAAAGAACCACACUUGAUUCUGAAUUUGUAAAUCAGAGUUGGAAGACCUGUUGAAUGUUGACAGAAGUGAAAAGUCUUCCUCACUUAGCUUUUGAUACGAAUUUUUUUUUAAUGGGAAGGGGAGAAUGAGGCUUAUCUUUUGGAUGCUGUGCCUGAUUUCUAAAAGGGAAGCGGCUAGGGUUGUGCUCUAGCUGGAAGCAGCAUCCUCUGCCCGGAGAGCCAUUUCCUCCUAUUCCCAGGCAAAUGGGAGGCUGGUUGGUGGCUGCUCAGUAGUGAAGGGGAGGUGCUCUGCCCGUGCUGGAAAACACUCACUAUGCUAUAUUCCACAGAUGAGCUCUGGCACUGAGAACGGGGCUUCAGUGGUGAACCCUGGUAUCCAUGAAGCCCUGACAGCAUCCAUGGCCAGAGCAUCUCACUAUAAAUACAAUGAAGUACAUUUAAAUCAUCUUGGCCAUAGCGAGUGGUUGCAUCAUCACCUCUAGUUCCAUUAGGUUGAAGCUACUGGCUGGUGCUAAAACGUCUUGAACACCCCAGUGCUGCUGGUUGCCCCAUGAUGCCUGCACUGUACGCCUGGCUUUGUGUGAUCUUGUGACUGGCAAUCCCAAUUCCACUCCCUGGAGGAGGAGCACCAUAUCUGCUUUCAUAGGAAAGAAUCGCCUGCCUUUUGGGAUUGUGUGCAAUGGAGAGCACUUUUUGGUAUCAUUGAAGUAAAUGCCUUUUCUUUCCUUUCCUUUUGAGUGCAGUAUCUCCUUAGUAUUACAGGUAAGUGGCUAUCCUAUUAGACCUCGAUGGCUGGAGGAGAAUUGUGGGUUCCCUUCCACUUGGCUGCUCAGUGGCCCAGGGCUUGGUUUCAUCUUGAUCAUAUGUAGUAGCACUUGCAUGCUAAGGAUUAUAGUAAAUAUAUAUAUAAAUAUAUAUAUGUAACUUAAAAAGCUAUUCUCCCCAAAGAUGUAUCUGGGAGAAAAUAUUAUUGGAAUUUAUGCUUACAGGAGAAAAUGUUGCAACAACACUUGCCUCUUCCUGCUUUAGACAAGGCUUGCCAUAAGUGAAAGGUCAGCUUCUCGAAGGAUCCUCUUGACCUUGCUCUCAGCCUUCUGCUCCUCACCUCUGUAGGGAUGGUGAACUGCCAAGCAGGUUUACAUCCAGCAAAUCUUGAAAUGGCAGAAAUCCUAGUACCAUGGCCUGCUUCCCAUUUCCUUGCCUGCGUUUGUGUUUGUGAAAGGGUUUAGCCCUUAUUUCCUACAGCUAAUUUCACUGUGAACAUUAAAUCCUUGAUUCAGUAAGAGAGGAUUCCCAUACUAUGCUCCACAGGGCAAGCUGUGACCCUCCAGAUAUUGCUGGACUACAGCACCCAUCAUCCUUGCCUAUUGGCCAUGCUGGCUG